UAUUUAUUUUUUUGGCAUAAGGGGGGUACUGUAGAAGGACCAAAGACUUUUCCGUCUUGAAAAGUAAAAUAAACAAAAAGAAAACAAAAAUAAAGUAGAAACUAGAAAGAGAAGAGCUUUGACAAAAAAGAGAAGAGCAUGCGAGCACGUUCGUUCGUUAAGAUCAACAACUAAAAAUGGAGGGCACAUCAUCUCCUUCCCUUCAAGCCACCGUCUCUACUUUUAUUAACAAUUUACGUUUCCUUCUCCACGUUUCUCUUUGACAAACCAAAGCCAAAGCAGAGACAAAAGGGCGUUCUACCAACAUGGCCAACUCAAAGAGAUUGUUUGGCGUUGUGCGGAGGAACCUUCUCCGGCGAUCUCCCAGCAGCAUCACCACCAUUCGCUCAUCAAUCCAACAAACCACUAGAGAGAACAUUGCCGCCAUUAAAAUCCAAGCUUUCUUCAGAGGUCACCUGGGAAGGAGAGCGUUUAGAGCGCUCAAGAGUCUGGUGAAGCUUCAGGCGGUGGCGAGAGGUGUGCUUGUGAGGAAACAAGCUCGAAUAGCCUUACAUUGUAUGCAUGCUCUUGCUCGCUUGCAGGUUAGGGUUCGUGCUCGUCAGAUUCUCUCCCAUUAAAAUUCCAUGUGACACAAGACCUCUCUUGCGAUUGUGACAUCUACGUAACAUUAUUGUUCUUUCAAAUUAACUUCUUUGUGAUUUCGUAUAUGUAUACUAAUUAACCCUAACACCCUUCAAAUUAUACUGAUAAAGAUUGUCUGUCUAGCUGAAACUGUCUCAAAUUUUUAUUGUUAAAAGUAAUAUAAAAUAUACAUUAUAAAAAUGAUCAAUAUAUCAUAAUGAACCAGAAUCACACGCAGCAAGAAGAGAUUUAUUAAGACUUGGAAAGGAAGCUAAUGAAGGGUUGGGUGGAGGUACCUUGGAUAGAAAAAAAGGGUGAGUAAGGCUUCCUUGAAUACUCACCAUUUUGUCUACUUUGAUAUUUAAUAAUCUGGAUAUUAUAACCAAUAUACCUAAUGAGUUUACAUCAAAAAGACUAUCAACAAAGAACAUUCCAGCUUCAUUCUCAACACACACAAGCAAAAGAAUGUUGAUAUAUAUAUAGGUAGAUCUACAAGAGAGAGAGAGAGACGAGAGAGCACUGAGAUAUUGGCGCGGCUCAAUCAGAUAACUAAGAGAAUGCAUAUAGUACGUGUGUAAUCUGAGUGAACCAGGCCAAUAUCAAAGAGGACUCUUUCGUGCUAAAGGUGCAGAUUCAAAGGAAAACUGUCUUGUAAAACAAAAAAAAAGGAAGAAGAUAGACGUGUGAGGGGAAGUGUGAUGAGGAGAAGGUGAGAAUGUCUGUGUGGGGGAGUUAUAAAGAGAGGUAUUAAAUUAGGGUAUAUGAGAGAAGGAAAUGGAAGGUAUGGAGCAUUUAAACCACAUCUACUAACCAAUGCACUAAAGCUGGCUCACUCUCUUUACUCCCUCUCCCCCUCCUCUCU